AUGUAUGCUGGCUGGUAUAGGGGUAUCAGCUCCCAGACCUUCAAAGCGCAGGUUGCCGUUGGAUCGUGGUUUAACACACCUCUCAUGCCUGAUCUCGGUGUCGCCACAAGUAUCAUGCGGCAGAAGAUGGUAAAGGGCAAGGGGAAAGAGACAGGACGGGCUGAUGCCAUCGAAAUCGACUCUGAUUGA